UUUUGUUUUUCUAACUGUGGACGAUGUUCUCCUUGGCUUAAGACUUGCAACUUUUCUUCUCUGUCCACGGCUUCAUUCUUCUCCAAGCUGAAAGCAUGGCUUCUCCUCGCCUCGAGACCUUCUGCUGCCCGAAUCGUGACGCUGCAACAGACUUUAUUGUCAGCUUCCAGCCUGGUUUUUUCAGUGCUAUGUGUGCAGGAAGUGCUGGACUGAGCAUGAUCAUCUCUCUCCUGCAGAUUCUUCCUAAAAGAAGAGGCUACAGGAGAGUGGGCACGUACCCGCUCCCAAAACCGGCCUCUUCCUCCAGGAUUUUGUUCAUCAUAAGUGUUUGUGAUAUUCUCGGGUGUGUGGGAAUAAUCGUGAGAUCGUCAGUGUGGCUCGGCGCUCCCAGUGUCAUCCAGGAAAUCUCAGUCACUAACAGCAGUAAUGUGUGGCCUGAAGUCUUCUGUGUGGGCAGCGCUAUGUGGAUCCAGCUCUUCUUCAGUGCCUCAUUCUGGUGGAUGUUCUGCUACGCCGUGGACGCGUUUCUGGUGGUCAGACGAUCCGCCGGAAUCAGCACCAUUGUUCUGUAUCACAUGAUCACAUGGGGUUUAGCUGUGCUGCUGUGUGUGGAAGGUGUAGCCAUGCUUUAUUACCCCUCCCUCUCAAGUUGUGAAAACGGUCUUCAGCACGCGAUCCCUCACUACAUCACCACGUACGCUCCGAUGCUGUUGGUGCUUUUAGUCAAUCCGAUCCUGUUCACACGCACUGUCACUGCUGUUACUUCAUUACUGAAAGGACGUCAAGGAAUUUACACAGAAAACGAGAGACGCUUAGGAGCAGAAAUCAAAAUACGUUUCUUCAAAAUUCUCCUGGUCUUCAUUAUCUGCUGGCUGCCCAACCUGAUUAAUGAGAGUUUGUUAUUUUACCUGGAAGUUCAACCGGACAUUCAGGAUGCCGAGCUGAAAAAUGUCCGUAACGCAUCUCUCAUCACCUGGUUCAUUAUGGGCAUUCUGAACCCCAUGCAGGCCUUCCUCAACACACUGGCCUUCCACGGCUGGACAGGAUUAGACCUCGAUCUGAGUCUGCAGAGGCGGCGAGAGCUAACCUGGGACUCGGCCUCCACCUCGAUAGCGACAGCUGGAGGUUACGAACCCAUGAUGCCUUCCACACUGCUCUACCAGAGCCACAUCCAGGACGGGAAGAAGUUGACAGGGAACGGACACCACCUUCCGUCUGACGCAGUCAGCAUCCUGUCUGAAAGUUCUGGCUCUAGUACUCUGGAAAUCCACACAGGUGGUGGAGAGGAAGCUGAAGCAGGAGUGAUGGAGGAGACACCGAGACGAUAGGAGACGAGUGGAUGAAGUGUGUUUGAUCACACCAGUUAUUCUGGAACAGAAAGAUCUGAUCUCUGUUUUAUUCACAACAAAAAGACAGUCCAUAAUAAAAUUCUAGGCAGUGACACAGUGACAGUGACACAGCGACACAGUGACAGGGACACAGUGACACAGUGACAGCGACACAGUGACAGUAAAACAGAGACACAGCGACACAGUAACACAGCGACAGUA